GCGACGGGUUACUUCCGGUCUUGAGGUUCGUACAAAGCUGGUAGCAGAUCUUUCCGAGUCUUUGUCUUUGCAAUGUCUUUUCUUCAUUACAUUACCUUCAAGCUGGUUGUAAUAAGGGAUAAAAGAAUUGGCUCGAUAUACUACACUUUGGCAGCUGUCAUCGUCCUCUACACUCUGGCCGAAAUAUUUCUUAAGAAAGGUUAUCUGGAGGUGAGAAUAGUGGAAUCGAAACAGUACUAAAUAUAUGUAUCAUUCUAGAAUAUUGCUUCCUUUCAUUUUUAGUUUUUACAAAGAAAAAAAGAGAAGAGAAUUCUGGUUUUGUAAGGUGUUGAACUGUGCAAGUCACUUUCCGCUAACGGUUUAUUACCCUAAAGCGAAACCAUAUUUCAUCAUUGCAUUAUCAUCAUCAUGCUGAUCAUCGUCAUCAUCAUCAUCAUCAUCAUCAUCAUCAUCAUCAUCAUCAUCAUCAUCAUUGUCAUCAUCAAUGUCUUUGCUGUCGUCAACACCAUCAUCCUGUCUUCCAUUUUUGUCAUCAUUGCCAUUAUACAGUAUUUUAAAUAUUAUGGGAUGUUCAAUUUUUAAUUUUUUAUCUGCACUCCUCCCUCCCUCCCUCCUAAGUCACACCUUUGUCAGAAGAGUCCAAAAAAUAAAUCUUUGUACAAUUUUUCAUUCCUGUAGCAUGUUUCAUUUUGAAAAUACAGCAAUUUGAACUUCAGAGUUUUCACAGUGCAUGACACCAAAAAAGGAAUGCUUUCUCAUUGAAAAACAGUCUCUCCUCUUGGUUUUCAGCAGUAUAACCAUUUCAAGUAUCAGAAGAUAUGUUUAUGCGCACGUGUGCUAGUUCUCAAGGGAGAGAAAGAGCUUUUAUUAAAAAAGCGAACUCCAGAUGUUUUUGUUGAUUUCCGGCAGCCAUAUUUGUGGACCAAAAUGGUACGCCAAUAUGGCAUCUCCGUACAAAGCUCUACAAAUGUGUGUGGGGCGUUUGGGCAAAUAACUCAGAAACUGUGUGCCAGAAGGACCUGAGACGUGGACAAAUUGUUUAUAUAUUAGUCUCUUAUAACAUUUCAUUUUCUUGACUUCUUCCACUGGACGGUUUCCAAUACUUUUUUGUUUCGUGACAGUGAAAAUGAUCUUUACUGAACUCCCCUAUUCAAAAACCUACAGUCCUAAUAUGGGAAGGGUAGAUGUAGAUGCAUGUACGUGUAUAAAAUAAUAUAGCUUCCUUAUCCAGGGGUGUACCAUCCAUAUCUGACUUAUAACUAUUGUAUAAUAAUUCUGAUAAUUUGCAUCUCUGGCCUUUUUUUCCGUAAAAACUGUACCUUACCUACAACAUUAUCUGUAAAAUAAACAACUUAUAACUACUGUGUAUCCCUGGGUAUUCCUGUGUUCCACUAUUAUUAUUGUGAUCGUGAAUCACUUCAUUAUCAUCAUAUUGCUGGCAAAUAAUAGUGUCAUGAGUACUACCACAAAAGUUACCAUUACUAUUACACCUGUUGUUUGGGAAAAGGAAAACAAUCAAUAAAAAUUAUGGUUGUUUCAAUAUUCUAGUCAAAUUUUGCAGAUCCUGCUGUCUCCAUUUUAAAACACUGAAUGAAUAUCUUGAAGUCUUGAAUACUUUUUACCAUAGCUAAAAUUUUUAAUAGAACUCAAUCAGACAUGACACUGAACACUGAUUUUGUUCUUAUUCUGAAAUUUGGUUUUAGUUUGAUACAUCACCAGAAGCCACUAUGAGAUUCCUUCUCUCAGACCCUAAAGAGGAUGUUGCAAGCAAUAGUGAACAGACAUCUCGGAUGAGCAAUUUAAGCUACUGUUGCACCAAAGGUGUGGUAUAGUAAAUCUAUAAAAUGCAGUACUGCAAUGUUGCCAUUUGUCAUGCUGCAUCAUACUCAUCAGUACAAGUGUCCAUAAUCUCUACAUACAUGUACAUGUUGACUCAGAAGUCCAUGUAUUGGCUACUAUUAUUUUUUUUAUAGCAAAAAGUAAUUAACUGCCAUUAACCCAUGACAGGGUAAAAGUUGUUCUUUAAUAGACACAGACUUACAUUGCAUGACUUUAACCUGAUACCUUGAAUUAUAUAAUAUAGUACAUAGCAAAAAGUUCAUCACUGGAAUCAGAUCAAGAAUGGCUAUUUCAAUUUGGAACAGCUCAGCCAUUCUUUCUGCCCGACUCAGCCAGGAUUUUUUCCUUUGGAAAAUCUGACAUUCAAAUGCCAAACUUGUGAUGUACUAACUAAUUAUAAAUGGAAUGGAAGAAUUGAUUAUGGAAAACUAAAUACGAUGUAAUUUGUGCAUCACAUGCUUCUAAUUUAUCUUUCUUUUCAUUCAAAAUAUUUUGCCAUUUCUGAUUGGCUCCAGUCCCCGAGCUAAUUCUUCAUAACCAACGGGCACUAACCAUAUUUGGAAGAUGCAAGCAAUAUACCAUCAAUUCAAUGGUAUAAUUAUUUGAUUGGAAAUGAGACUGCAUAAGCAAUAGACCAUUGAUCAACUUCAUUUCCAGGAAUUGCCACCAAGCAGUUUAUUCAUGAGUUAACUAAAAAAAUGGCAUUCAUGGCUAUGCGACAAAGAAAUGGCUGAAUGUCUGACUAAAAGUAGAUGGAAAAAUUCCAAGAAUAUGCAAAACAUAUUGCUCAAUGGAUGUUAUUUGCCUUCAGCAGUGGCCUUCAGCCUUAGUGUAUAACAUCCUACUCAGCCUCCUUCAACAAUUGCCAAAUAUCAUAUUGUUACAGAAAACUUUGAAAGGCACUUGAUAAUUAAAUAGAGUUUUUUCAAACCACUUCAGAGACGAUUGAGAGACAAACUCUCACCUCACUUCUCAAAAUAAUACUUUCAUCUCGCAAGAGACAUUAAAAUUAUUGUUUUGCUUCAAAGUAUGUGUUUAUAACAACCUUGACAACUAAGUUUAACAUCUCAAACAACAGAGAUAGAUUACUCUGACGUAUUUGGGUCAGUCAAAAAAAAUAAUGGUUUAUAAAUAAUUAUUUUGUACCUGACAUAUGGCAAAUGACAUAUUUUAGGUGAACCAACCAAGAUGUGUACACCCUGCCAGGUUUUGGAUGCUCGAGAAUUGUUGUGGCCAGUAGAAUCUCGCACAAUCAGUUUAACGACGUUUGCAAAAGAUCGAUGGCAAACAAGAAACACCUCUCUGGACAUUAUUUCAGAGUUUAAAACAGUAAGGUACCAGAAACUUAAAUUGUUUAAUAAUCUACACACCAUUCUUUUUACAUUAAAGACAAUAAGCUAAAGUGUGGGGGUAACCUGCAAUUUUCUCUAUACAUUUAUACUCUUGAUAAGGCAUCGUUUUAAAGCAAGUUUCUUAAAUUCACAGGCAAUCAUUAUGAUGGAUAGCAAAUAGUACCUAGAAAAUUAUGGGUUAAUUGAGGUGUUUGGUCUAGUUUCAAAAUUUCGUUAACACUUGUGAUGGAAUUUUAAACGCUUUGCAGGAAUAUGGAUUUCAAACAAAGGUCUUGUUUCUUGUUUUCUCGGCCUUUGUCAGGGUCUACCAUUUACCAACCUUAAUAAUAUUAUUAAUUUUUUUUCCAUAAAAUAUCCUUACCCGCAUACUGUGGACUGUCAUUUGAAAUUUCAAGUGAUAAGUGGAGGAAGGGGGAGGGGCUGAAGACCUAAGUUUUUAUUAUAAAAAAGGAAAGUGAUAUAAAGUUGAACCUCCAUGUGCGACCACCUCCCAUAUUAAAGCGACCGCGAAUCCAAAACACCAAAAUUUUCCCAGUCAAAGCGUUACGGUUGGAACCUCUAGUAAACGAGCACCUGACAAGCGACCGUGAACACUUUUGGAGCCUGACAGUUAAUGAUUUUCCAUUGUUUUUAACCUCAUGUAAGCGACCACUUGACACAUUCUCUGAUCUCUAUGUUCGUUGUGUCCACUAUGCUACUAAGAAAAUACGAAGAACUUUCGUGACAACAUGGAGUUACACAUGGAGUAACUUAGACAUGUGCAAUAAACAUCUUCCAUAAAGUAGAUGUGUCUAGACUUCUUCUUGGAAGAGACUCCCUUUGGUUUGAUUCUUGUAAGCGACCACCUCCCGUAUGCGACCACUCAGUCUUUGCAUUUUGGGUCGUCACUUACAGGACGUUCGACUGUAUGGGGCUAAACUGGAUUUUUUUAUAAAUCUCCAGAGGGGUAGGGAAUUCAAACCCAAGAAACCCUCUGUGGGGGUAGUAUGGAUUUUAUUUGACUGGAACAACACAUCAAUUACAUCGUUGCUUAUUACACUGUAUAUCGUUUUCGUUUCAGAGAAAAAAUGUAUUUCACAGCUCAACCAGAGUCAAUGAUGAUUAAAAUUGAGCAUGCAGUGUUGGCAACAAAGUUUUCAGGAGGAAAGAAGGGAAACAACUUGGCAGCUUCACAAAGAAAUAUGAAGGGAUUCCUCCACGGUCUGAACGGAACUAUUCUAAGAAGGCAAAGUAACUAGUUCCUUCGUCUUCGCUGAGAUAAUUUGUGUUCAUGCACCUUAUAUAGGCCACUCUGCACAUUUUAUUUAAGCCAAAGUCAAACUUAAAGGCACUUAUAUAGUUUGACCAAAUUUUUAUGUUAAGAGAUGCAUUGUUUGGAUGGACAAUAUCAAUGCAUGACAACAUUAUUUGCUUCAAUACAUUUACAGUAAACUGCACUACAGUUUCCUUGCAAUUAAGUAAUGGUCCAGAUAAGAAGGAAAGGACCAAAACGCAGUGAACACGUUGGAAUGCAAAAAGGUGCUAACUUUACUAUUGUCUCUACUAAGGUUCUGAUUGGUUUAAACAUCAAAUUUUACGAAAUCUUCGCAAAGCAGCAUGUACAUUAAUCCCUUUUCUUCUAUCCAACUUCCUUAUAACAAAAUUUCGUCUGAGUCUAAGUAACACAGAAAUCGUAUGUGCGGAUCAUGUAAAAUUGUUAACAUUUCUUGGCCAUUGUUUGCAACUCUUGUGAUUGGUCGAAAUGUUUUAACACAAAAAUACACCCUUUAAAAAUGGAGUUUAAAUACAUUUUCUUUCGUAAACAGCCUUUUUGUAGAUUUAUGCACUCUCUGCGUAAAAAUGAAAACAUUUCUAUGUGAGGAAAGCGUAUUGCGCCACAACAAAAGAAAUUGCUUCCCUUCUUACCUGGAUCAUUACUUAAAAGUAUUUUAAAAACUCAGUGAUUCUAUUUACCAAACAAAUAAGGAAAAAUCGCAUCGCAUUGUAUUACAUUUUUUGGUACCCCUACAGGGCAGCAAUAAGAGCUACACCCUAUAGGAUUAUGUACAGUAGACCGCAAAAUACUAGACUACGAGUAGUCCACAUUUUUCCUCAGGGAUAGUAGAGCGAGCGAAAUGCGAGCGCGCGUGAAAAUCGCCCCACGCGAGAAAAGGCGACACGCGGCGGGGAGCCUUUUCUCGCGUGCGGUGAUUUUCACGCGCGCUUGCGUUUCGCUCGCUCUACUACAAUGUAUCCCUGAGGAAAAAUGGGGACUACUCGUAGUCUACAAAAUACCUGGUGUUUUUGCAAAACUCAUGAACGCAAGAACGGUCAAGUGAAAGCCCUGGAGUGAGGGUGAUAACAAAGUGUGGACCGGGUAGAAACACAAAAAAAAACUGCUCGCGGGCAUCGCGUGAGGAUCUCACGUGCGUGCCUGGAAAGAACUGAUUUUCAGCAUGGAUAAAUAUCCAUGUUUUCAGGAAAAAAAACCUACUGUUUGCUGUUAAACGAUUACCGUAUUUCCUUGAAUAUGCACUCGGGCGCCUAUUCAGAUUUUCACUGAGAUGAAAGAAGAGGCACUUAAUCGAGCGGGGGGGGGGGUGAUUAUUAAGUUUUCCUUUCAUUGAACUGUGACUUUAUUUUGGCUUAAUGUUUGAUAGAAAAACAAAAACUACAACAUUAUCCACGUAAACGUAUAUUCAAUACUUAAUGUACUUUAUUUACUUUCUUUCGUUUGGUAACCAAGCGUACCAUAGUCCCAUUACACACCUUGCACACAGAUGUAUCGGUAUGAAUGUUGUAAUUGAAGCUUAAAAAUGUAUAGGUAUAGUGGAAGUAACAGCCUUGUAUUCCUGCUAUUAAUAGGGAGCUUAAGCAACGAGGGCGGCGACGGCCACGAGAACGGCAAAACAACAAUAGGUUUAGACAAGCAAAACAACAACUUUGGACGUGCAUCACGCUUUUUUGUACAUUUCCUCGCCGUCGUUGCUCUACUACGACAUGAAACUGCCUAAUUUCACGUUUUGUGGAGGACGUUAACGCAAGACAACUACCCUUUUUAUUUUUAUUUUUUAUUUUUUUCAUGAACUUUGAUACAAUCCCUUAGAAUCCAACUCCAGUCAAAUUCGCCAACAUUUGACAAAUUGAACGAGAUGGAAUAAACGCGAUAAAGUUUGAAGCAGCGCGAAUACACUUUUUAACUGACGUUUUCGUAGCCGUCGCCGUCGUUGAACAUUGCUUAAGCUCUCUAUUAACAAAGUGAGGAUUGAGGGGAAGCGCGCUUAUUCACAGGGGCGCUUGUUUGAUAUUUUGACCUUGGUGUUGAGAGUACAUUUGGUGGGAGGGCGCUUAUUAGGGCGUGGGCACUUUUUCAAAGAAAUAUUAUAUGAGAUAAUAUUACCCUCUAGAGAUUUACAUUCAAAACUGCCAACAAAGAUCGUACCGUCACUGCCAGGUGGUGCAUGGUCCCUUUAUGAAACGGGGAAGUCCGAACAGGUGCAUUCAAUAAAUAGUCUAACUCAUCUUUGUAUUCCCUCUGCUUCCACAGCCUUUCAAAUGAAGACAAGGGUCCUAGAGGCAGAGCAGACAAGUUUACUGUGCAGGAAAUUCUUCAUGCCGCAGGAGUAGAAAGUUUGGAUGAGCCAUCUGAUGCUCUUAAUGCCAAGGGAAAACCUUUUCGCCGCCAUGGGAUUGUUCUGCACGUGGCUAUUAGUUAUCAAAACUCCGACUCCAGUUUUCUUGGAACCGGGUAUGGCUUUUCAAGAAUUCCCUCGUUUCAUUUCGUAGCCCGAGAAAACAGCCGACAAUUUUGCGACGCCACCACUGUUUUUCCCGCUAAAUGACGUCUGAGAAACGAGUGCAGAAAUUCCAUACUGAUGACGUGUCACUACCCAGAUCUGGGUAGUGACGCGACAUCAGUAUGGUUUUUCUGCCCUCGUUUCUCAAAUGUCAUUUCGCGGGGAAAACAGUGGUAGCGUCGUGAAAUGUUGGCUGUUUACUCAGGCUAUUCAUUUCGUUGACUGUAGUUUCUGAGUUUAGGGUACAUUUGGAUUCUGGAUUCCACGCUGUGAAUUCCGGAUUCCAACUACUAAAAUCAGGAUCCCUUGCCAGUGGAACUUGGCCUCCGGAUUCCAAUCGUUAUUGGGAUUCUGGAUUACGGAUCCCAAAACAUAAGAUUCCGGAUUCCACAAGCAAACAUUCCCGGAUUCCAGUCCGAAUCAUCGUACAUGGGCCAGGAGGUUAGCACUUGGAACAACCCAGCUUUUCCUCGCAAAAUGGGUAUUUCAUAGGUCAUGUUUUAUCUUGUGUUGUUUUUUCAAAAAACUUUGUAACAUGAUUUGUCUGGCUUUUAUUUUGUAGAGAUAUAACAUAUUCUUACCAUGUGAGGCGGAUUCCGUAUGCAGACUACAGAGUUAAAGAGGUCAUUCCGGUGUUUAGUGAAAAAGAUUUUACAUACUCCAGUCAAAUGGGACGUCAAGAGAAUCGGCUGUUUCGAAAACGCUAUGGCAUCAAAAUAGAAUUCCAUCAAACUGGUCGAUUAGGUGUGUGAGGAAUGAUUUUUAUUUUUUUUCCCAGAUGUAUGGUGGGUUUCUUUGUUAAGCCACGAGGAAGGGUAAACUACGAGUAAUUACAGAAGCAUGAGCGUAGUAAAAAAAGAAUAUUAUCUCUUGGCGCAAUUUGAGGAAGCGCUGUUACACGCGGGAGGCGGGUUUCACUGUUGUUUCUCGUGGGCUAUUGAUAACACGCGCCUUGCCGGCUUUAGUCUCUUGGUUUGUGUCUCGUGGCUCCAAUCACGCACAAACGUCUUGGGACACUUUCGCAUUUGUAGGGUUUUUUUUCAAUUCAGAUAUGUUUUUAAACCUAUCUCCCCACCCUACAAACAACGUUGGACGAGUGUAUCCUGAAUUUCUUCCGAGUUUAACUAAUAUUGCAUAGGGUAGGGGGAGAACUGCAAGAAAAUUUCUAAAAAGAUGGACUGUCUUAUGAGGGAAACCAGAAUUAUCAUAAUAAAUAAUGAAAAGUGCACCACUGUCCCAAGGACUUUUGUCCAAUAUCUGGAAGGCCUCGUACUAGAAUCGCGCGCUUGCCAGUCUAGUUUCUUCACUGCUCGAAGUCUAGUCGACUGAGGAGAUGCCACUCACGCUAAAGAACUUAUUUUAUGUUUUGUACUUAAGGCUGGUUUGCACAAGCGACGGAGUCGGAGUCUGAGUCGUAAUCAGCGUAGAGCUUAUGAUCUAGUGAAAACAGCGUUCCGAUUUCCCUUACGACUCCGUCGCUUACGUUCCGCUUAUGAUCUAGUGAAAACCAGAUGGUCGGAGUCGGAAGCAGAAGCGAAAUUACUAAACCAAUCACAAAGCGUGGGUACAAGCAUUGUGGUUGGUUUAUCAUUUCGCUUCUGCUUCCGACUCCGACAAUCUGGUUUUCACUAGACCAUAAGCGGAACGUAAGCGAAGGAGUCCUAAACGGAGUCGGAAGAAAUGGAAACGUUAUGAUUCUUCUGACUCCGAUUCCGUCGCGCUUACGACUACGAUUUUUUAUUUUUACUAGGUCAUAAGCUCUCUUACGACUCUACUUACGACUCCGACUGCGACUCCGUCGCUAGUGAAAACCAGCCUUUAGUACGCAAGCGGGUGAUUUAUCCUUAAUUUAUUGUAUAAGUAGGCAACUUACAAACCUUUCAGAAAUCAUAUGCGUAGCAAAGUUCACAAAAUUUGAGCCCGUGUUAAACAGUAGAAAAUUUCGCAACUCCUCUUUACAAAUAACAUUCCUGCACACGGACUACUGCACAACAUCUCGAAGCAGCCGGUCUCGCCCCCCUUCGCGUUCGCCUCGUUGGAGUUCGACCCCCGAUUUACAUCAUGAUUGGUGUUAAGCGCCUACAAUACUGAUUAGAGCUAAGUACUGACUCAAAAUGGUUAGCUUCUAUUCACAGGUAGGUUUGUUACUUUAUAAAGGUUAAGUCACCGGUCAACUCCGAGGAGUGCGAAACCGGCAUAAAUACAACAUUUUUUGUUAACUGUCUUUUCUUUAUUACUAAAGGUCAUUUCUCAUUGUCUUCAUUGUUACUUCGUCUUGCAUCUGGAGUUGGCUUGUUGACGUUAACAGCAACUGUUGUAGACAUUCUAGCGCUGUACAUCCUUCCUGAUAAAGUAAGAUACCGCAAAUACGUCUACGAGGAGUCCCCGAUAUUAGAAAUGAAGAAGGAGCAAUAA